AUGGUGAAGAUCAGCGUGCUGCGCGACUGCCUGAACGGCAUCGUUAACGCCGAGAAGCGGGGCAAGCGCCAGGUCCUUGUGCGGCCCAACUCCAAGGUGAUCAUCAAGUUCCUGCAGGUGAUGCAGAAGAAGGGCUACAUCGGGGACCUGGAGAUCAUCGACGACCACCGCGCCGGCAAGGUCGUGGUGGACCUGAUCGGGCGCAUCAACAAGUGCGGUGUAAUCUCCCCGCGCUUCGAUGUCGCCCUUGGUGGUAUCGAGCAGAUUGCGAGCGACCUGCUACCCUCCCGUCAGUUCGGUCACGUCGUCCUGACUACGCCGUAUGGGAUCAUGGACCAGGAGGAAGCGCGUCGGAAGCACACUGGCGGGAAGAUCCUGGGCUUCUUCUUCUGA